AUGUGUGAUACAAUGCAAAGCAGGGACAUGAUGACGUCCACUGAUGAAGCCAAAUUAUUAUCAUAUGACGUUGAACAUUUAGUAUCUGAAAUUAAAGAAAACCUUAGACUGUCUGGAUUUAAAUCCAGAAGACAUCGCUCAAAUUUUGCCCGAGUUCAACCAUACGCUAAACCAGUUGCAUGUGAAUUGUGUUCUCAGAAACGGUUAUGUCGUUGUGAUGAUGAAGAUAACCAAGAUUCUGAUGAUCCUUAUGAAAUGCUACAAGUAUUACUCCGAGAAGGAAGCCUUAUUAAAGAAGCAGUAAGACGAUUACAAAUUGGUCUUUCACCUAAACAAAGGUAUUACUAUGAAUCCGAUGAAGAAUCAUCAAGGAGCCCUAAGUUUAGGUAUUGCUGA